AUGUUAAUCGGCCGCUCCACCCCUCGACACGUCGACUCUCCAGUUCAUGCAAUAGCGACGCCAAAGCCGACUCUCUUGUUUGCCAUUGCGAGCGAUGAUGUCAAUGAAGUACGACAGGUGCUCGAGAGCGGCGAAGCUGGACCAAACGACCAAGUUGGUCCUCAGUCCGCCCUGGCCUUUACUUUGACAAACGACAAGCUGUCGCACAAGAAUGAGAUUGUCAAGGCCUUGUUAGCCUAUGGCGCAGAUCCAUCGGCGUUGCGGAAUCCAAAAUUGAAUCCAUCUGCACAAGCAUCACCGGAGGAAAGUGAAGUGCCUUUCAAUAUUUCAUCACUGUUUGCUAAUUCGAUUCUUAGAUACUAUGUGACCAGAGCCGAUUCGACACACACUCGACAAACAUCUCAGCUUAUAUAUCGGUCAUUCUUCCGACCCCUCACAAGAGUUCGAUAUGAUCUCAUUGGUCAAGACUGGGUGUUAGAACAACUCUUUAGGGUGUUGAGUAUGCACUCUCAACGGUUGUCAGUAGCUCCGAUCGUGGUUCUGCUUUGCGGUCCGAGUGGUCAUGGGAAGAGCUUACUGGCCCGCAAAUUUGGAAGUCUCUUGGAUAUUCCUACCCAUACCGUUAACAUGACCACCUUGCGCUCCACGCACGAUCUAUGGCAAUCGUACUCUAUGAGUCCAUAUGAGGAACCUUCCUCGGAUACUUUGGCCCAAUUUCUGCUUAACAACGAAGGCGAGCGAUGUGUGGUCGUGCUAGACGAGAUCGAAAAGGUAGAAGAUCCAAAGGCGCUAUAUUCUCUUCUCAUGCCUUGGGAGCUUGGCCGGUGUUCCCUUGAAGUGGGAAAGCGACAUGUUGAUCUCACGAAAGUGAUUUGGCUUGGAACGUCCAAUAUAGGCCAUAACUUUGUAUUUGAGCACUGUGAUUCCCGACCAGAUCCAAGUAAACCCAUCACUCGAGAAGAGUACCGAGAUCUCAUGGAUCUUUCAAGACCUCAUGUCUCGCAAUGCCUCGGAGCAUCACUUUUGUCUCGCGUUACCACCGUGUUGCCUUUUAUUCCGUUCACCUUGGAAGAAAAAAUGGCAAUCGCCGCUGAAGCGGUAUACACUCUCACUUGCAACGCUGAGAAGACCCUGACUCCUCAAGAUGUGGAGGCAAUUGUGAUGAAAGCGCUGCCAAGUUAUGUUCCAUCGGAGGGAGCUCGCUCGUUACACAGAGCUGUGUCGAACCAAUUGGUGGAUAUGAUCUAG